AUGUUGGCAAACAUCCUGGACCAAGUCAUCAAGACGUAUGGCAAGGAAUUCCUCGGGGACUGGGACCCAAUUAACAACUUUAGAAUUGACUCGCUGACGGAUCCAGAGAUACACCUGACGAAUAUUCCGUUCCCGCAGCAGCUGUUCGAGCUUGCUGAAAUUCCGUUCGCUGUGGACUACUCCAAUAUAGCAAAAGUCCGAGCAAAGUUUUCUUGGCAGACAUUUUUCGGAACGCCGGGUGCAUAUCCUUUUGCCAUUGAGGCAGAAGACUUAGAAAUAAGAAUCCGGCUGCUGUAUCCCAGCGAGUGGAGCAGUGAAUUCUGGCGCAAUAAGAUUCUGAAGGCUAAGUUGAAGCGGACUGCUUUAUGGGAGAAGUUUGCCUCUUUGUUAGGGUCUGCGCAAGGUGACAGAUCGUCUGUUGCACAGACCAUCGAGCCAAGGAUUGUCAAUUCCUUGACAAUUCGAGUCCGAAACAUUCAUUUACAUAUUGUUGAUGAUAACCUGGGAGCAACGCCUUGGGCAUUUGAGUGCCAUGUUGAUGAGUUUUGCAUCGAUUCGCCGAGACGGGGAGAUCCCCGUAUCUCUGAAAUUGAGGCCACAGGCCUGGAGCAGUGUCUCCUGAUGGGCCUUUGGAUGCGGUUUGUAGGAAUGCAUAUUUGGUUCAGGGAAUUCCCAAGGCCUCAGCUCAAAGGCAAAGCCGGCGUAACCGUUAACAUUGAUAAAGCACGGGAGCUACGUCGCCGUCUUCGGCGCAACCCCAAGGAUGAGGAAGCUCAGCAGCUGCUCUCAGAGCUAUUGCAAAGGGACGCAAUUUCAGCAGUUGAUGGUUCGUCAUGUGGUGGAUCGGCAGGGGAAGCAGAUGCUACAUCAGCUGCUUCUGCAAGCAUGGCUGCAGAGACUGGGAAGAGUUCUUCCAAUCUCCUCCCGGAGUUGCAACGUCUUAGCAGACAAGGAACGGCGUCUUUGGCAGGAGUUGACCCUGGGACCCUCACAAACAUGUUAAGCAAGGAGAUACAGGAAACCCUGAAUAUUGAAGACCGAAACGUCUCUCUAUCACUUGCGUCUAGAGUUCUUCGGUGGGGAUGGUGGUCUGGAAAGGAGGCUUCCCCACACGGUCAACGUAUUGACGACUUGCCACUAACUCCUAUUAGUGCUGAAACCCUUCUAAAUUCAAACGAACACGCCGAAGAUCACAGUGGACGUGAAGCUAUUGCCGUGUCGCACCCAAUUUCGCCAUCUAGCGCAAUACCAGUAUUGGGCAACGCGGCUGCAGCUGCUACCACCGCUGCUGCGUCGGCUGAAGCUGCGGCUGAUGCAGCCGCCAAGGCAAAGGCAGUUGCGGCAGAGACGCUUCGCAGUAAAGGAGAAGAUAGCGAGUCCAACGUGAGCAGCAACACCAGGUCGGAAUCAGAUGCAGAGCUCCUAAGCGGCGUGAGGGCUGCCCGCGCAUUUAAAGUUGUCCCGUCGCAAAUAAAAGAUCUACUCGACGACAAUACUCAUGCACUGCGCAUCACCCCAAAGAAAGGAAUCGAAAUGCACAUCCUAUUCAAGAAAUGGGAGUUGCGAGCUCUGGGAUCGAACCUCGCUGUGAAUAAGCAAAGUUGGAAGACUGUUGAAAUGUCUUUUCUUCACCACGAUCCAAGCCUCUAUUCUCCCCUCCCAGGGACAGCCAGCCCGGCAGGGCAGCAACAGUCCCAGAAGGGAGAAUCUAUUAAAAGACAGGAGCCCCCUCCUCCGUUGUUUGACGGCAGUGUGGAACACAAGCCUCUGCAGUUAACGUUUACCUCGGCUGCCGUGACUUCACUCUUCAACUUCGUGAAGCUUAUGGAUGUGUGGUUCAUAUUCCUGAAGGGCGCAGGAAGACCGACAAGGCUUGUUGCGAGGGAGGAGGAGUGCGCGGCGUACGUGGAGAUGUGGAAGAGGAGGCUGACUGCUAAGGCGGAAAUGCGUGAUGUUGUCGAUCGAUUCAUUUCAGACUUUGAGCAUAGCAGCCCCCUAUACUUAAUCGUAAAGCUACGACAGUUGGCAGAAGAUAACCUGACUUGGCGAGACGGUGUAAGCGCUGCGGUGUUGCAAAAGCAAAUCUUCGGCCGCUUCACUGAGACGUGUUGUCGGCCUGAAAGGCUGGGAAGCAUGCAGUGGGCGACAGGGGAGACUGCAGAGACAAGCACAGAUGGCUUAAACGGGGGCGAUGCAGAGUUCACUGACAAGGAGCGGCUUCUCUAUGAAGAUAUUGCAUGCACUGUCGAUGAAGCAUCAGGUGACGAACGCGGGGGCUUUGGUGGCAAACGGUGGUUUUACAUUGACGGAAUCGUGGCUGUGCUGGCACCAAAUUUGUGCAUUUGCUUGCUGCCGCUUAUUCAACCGGGCAUGCACGUAGCCGUGCCUACACACUUGCAGCAGCAGAAGGGGAGUAAACUUAGGCCGACUAUGAGCAGAUUAGGGACGCUGGGCUUGCUGGAGAGACUAGAGGCGCAGAAGAGCUUGGAGCGUGACGCGGCUGCGCCAUGUAGUGACAUGUUGCCAUCCACAACUUUGAUGUUCCGCAUUUGCGCGGACUUCAAGUUUCGUCAGGAAAAAAGGAAUGACUUUUUCAAAUGCAACGAUAUAUUUAUUGAUUCUGUUUUUGUCGAAAAAUGUUUCGCCUCUCUAAAGGCAACGCCAUGCGAAGAAGCAAUCUUGCUGCGCGCCCGUCACAAUCCUGAGCUACAGACGCCAUUCCCUAGUCUACUCGUUUCAGUUACCCCACUAGGUGAGAUGGGCUGCACUACUUGUGUGUACUUGCCGGCUGAUCCGCCAUCGCGCAUUGGUUGGGGGAUUGGCCCCGCACGCUCUCCCUUGAGGGGCCGUGGAGCGGAACCUCCAGUUACAGCCUUUCAAACAGAUGAGGCCUACAAGAAGUGUGUGACAAGGAAAAGCGAUGCCCCAAAGCCUGCGCUACAUUCGGCAAGAACCAGAGGCAAGAGCCAUGCUGGUGGUAGACCCGUUGUACUAAUUGAUAGUAACACUGACUCCGAAGACGGGAAGCGGAAUAACUCUACUCCUAGCCAACAGUCUCUUACUCAGAGGAUCCGUCCCUCUCGGGUCUAUUCGAACAUCCAUUCUUUUUUUGACAGAGCUAGACAUCUUGCAGAUAUUGUUAAGAAGAUUCCAAAACCGGCACGCGCCAAGAGUCGAAGUGGUCCGAAGAGACGCUGCUCCAUUGGAGGUGACAAAAACCGGACGCUUCUAAUUAGCAUCAGCAGCAAGACAGUUUGGGAUGAGGAGCUCGGAGGUCCUCUUGAAAAGAAAAAAACAUGGAUUAAUAUUCCGGAAAUUUCAAUAUCCGCCCCUGAACUUAUUCCAUUUGCGGAGGCCAUCCCGAUGAAUUUUGUCACCUGGGAUCUCUUUAGGGAAAUCGAUUGUCUUCUUCCUGCUACAACGGAAGAUGCCAUGGGUUUGGCACUUGGAUACUGCACGAACAUUGAUAACACUCUGAGGCUCACUGCUCAAAAGGCCACAGUGGUCUACCGUUUGUCAUCCCUUGACUAUUCACGCGUUCUAUCUCACUUGAGAAGAGAUGCCUUGGCUGAGGCGCAGGAGCUGCACCAACAGGCUGAAGCUGAAGCAGCAGCGAAAGCGGCAGCCCAAGCAGCAGCUGCAAAUACGGGUCGCUUCGGAAGUAACCCUUGGGAGGGCAGAGCGGCCGUAAGCGACAGUGAAACACCUAGCCGGAGCAGUUCGUCCAACAGCAGCAUCGUUAAAGGACGCUGGGGCCAAAGGGGUUGGGCAGAGCGAACAGCAGCAGCGACAGCAACAGGAAGGCCUCUUGCCUUUAUUGGUGAACGUCCGAUGGAUGCAAGGCGAGAUUUUGAGGCUCAGAAGCGUCUGAAUUCGAGGAACUCCUCAUCUAAUCAGUCAGUCACUGACCCUCAUUCAGAGGCUCUUUCGUUUUCUGAUUCAUUUCUCACACCGUCUCCUAGUGAAGCCGGCCUGCAGGCUGGCGAUUGUGGCUCCUCGCGUCUGAAGCAAGCUCUGCCCAGCUCUCACAUCGACGCUUCAGAGAGCAGUGAUGAGGAUUCUGAUGAGGGGGCGUGCUUUGAGAACUGCGCGUUGGGCUCUGCACGUUAUAUGGGAUCACGGGAGGCGUUAUUGGCUGACAUGGACUAUGAGCCAGUGGAGGCUCAUGGUUUUACCUCCUCCUGCUGCGGUUUGAAGGGCUGUGUCAGCACCUUCAGGCUGACGCAAACGACUCUUAAACGGAGGGGUUCAGUUGCGUCGCUCUCAUUAAAUAUUUCGGUCGAGGCUGCGGAGGCGUCAGUGAUGGCUCAACCUCCGAGCCCCACGGGCACACUGUGCGCUACCACAGACUGCACAGUUCUUUCAGUUAGCGGCGUCAAAGUUGGGAUGACCAAGUGCCCUCGGCAAACUGUGGACGUCUGCGUCGGGCAUAUAAGCGUGGGUCUCUGUAAACAGCUUGUCUCGCUAGCUGCUUGUAGGCGCUUCCUCAUGCCCACCGCCUAUCCCUACAGUGACGUGCUGAGAGAUACGAAGCCACUGACUGCAAAAUUCGCCCAGAUUAAUUCUCUCCAGCGUAAAGUGUUGAUGCCAAAGCUUUCAAAGAAUGGGUCUUCAGAGCAGCAGACACAGCAACCGAAGCGAGACACCACACCCCCUGAACAACAGGCCGCUCAGGAUACAAGCGCCGACGGAGAUACAGGGAACACACAACGAAAUGGAGCUUCAGCAUCACCAGCGGCUGCUGAUAUUAUGGAUGCCGAUGGGACUAAGCUAUUUUCAUUGUCACCCGCAAAUAAAGACACGUCUAGCGUUAGAGGUCAGGGGCUCCGCAUAGCAGAGGAGAAACGCCUUGAGGAUUUCUUGCCUCUACCAACGAGCGGACCAUGGUCUGCAUGUGAUGGGAGUCGUCUCAGCUGGUUCUUCAAUGACGAGGAGACAUCUCAGAAGUUCACCAGCGACAUUUCGCCUCUCAAAUUUCUUGGGCCUGGGCAAGAAAACAGUGAGUCUUACCAGCGAUGGCGACUCGCUAGACGCCUCAGAGCAAGGGGUCGGGAAAUACCGUCUGAUCUUCUUCGGGAAAAUUUUGAGGGCGCUAACUCCAAUAGUUCUCCUGAAGGCGCUGCUGAAGCGGCGGUAGAUGUAGCUGACGCAGGUCAAAAGUCAAUGCAGGUUUCCGCAAAAGUUGGCUGUCUCUGUGUUGGCCUUUACACCCAGCAACAGUACCUUGCGGUGCUCUUGCGGGUAUAUGGAGCGCGUGUGUACUUGAGGAGAAAACGGAAGGAUGUACGUUUGAAGGCCAAAGUUGGGGAGUUUUUUGUCGAACACUCCAAGGCGCGAGAUACCCAAAGGCGCAGCAUCGUGCUCUGUAAGAAGGUCGUUCAUGUCGGGGCCCAGUGCAGUCGCUUCUGCCCCUCACCCGAAACUGCUGUUCCUUCUUCGCCAGCUCCGCGGUCAGAAGAAAGCGACCCAGCUGCUCUUAUCCGAUCUGAGAUGGAGCAAUGGUCAGGCGACAGCCGACGCACCAGCAGGGAAGCUUCCCCGCAGGCCCACAUGAGAGAGUCCAUGUGGGGACCUCUGAAGCUUCCAACUCCGACAGACCCCGCUGAGGACAGACAACGCAGUGAUUUGGGCGGGUUUCACCGAGGAAGCGAGAAAGGCAGACGCUCGGGGGAGAAAAGGAGUGACACGAAUAGGGGGUUUGGAAAUUCGUCGAGCCCUCCAGGGACAUCAAAUCCAUCAGAUGACGGACAUUCUCUUCGACCAUUACGUCACUCUCUGCAGCAGCAUCCGAAGCACAAGGCUGAACAAGAGCCGCCAGCGCGGCCUGCUUCAGCAAGAAGGAGGGACGAAGAGGCAGCUUCCGGCAGUGAGGCGUUGUUACAUGGAGAACAAAUCCACGCAGCAAGAUUUCCUGAAACUUCGACGAAGAUAUGCAGAUUCGCUUCAUAUUCUGAGCAGGAACAAAGCUCUGGGUAUACCGAUAGCUCAGACCAAGCAGAUAUGCUUCUAGGAAGCCAGGCUGCAGACUUUUUAGAGGAGACAGAAGAGGAGCAAGGCGCACCUUUAGUAACUGUCUCUCAUGGCAUUCACGGCCGCGCCCGCUCUGGGCUAUCGCUGGGUCACGUAAGUCUUGGAGAUCAUGCAAAGUCGCAGGAUAAGUCAAGUACACCAGAAAGCCUGCGGCAGCUUAGGACGCGAGCGGCCGGAGCAGUGCAGCGCAUGCAUCAGCAUCAACACCGAGGCCUGCCGUGGCACUGGAAGGCUGGUGCUGCUGAUAACAGUCAAAUGGAAGAAGGAAGUAAUGCUUCUCAGGGCCACCUGACUCCUCAAAGCUCUUUUGAUGAGUCUGAGAGGGGAUACGGAAGAUCUGCUACCGCAGGAGAUGAGACGGCGUGGCUCCCAGAUGUAGUUGGGGACUGGACGUUGAGAGAUGAGGUUGAUGCAGAUGUAAGCAGCCGAACUGGUGAACAUCAGACCACAAUCGGGCAUGAUUGCAGCUUCGGGAUUCCAGGGGCCCCUGUCAACCUGCUGCUAUUUGAAGAUAGUGGUAUUAGCAAGAGGGGUAGGGCCAAAGGCAGAGAGGGAGGCCACCAAGCCACAUUGGGAAAAGGAGGCAGCACUAAAAGAAUCGACCAGAUGUCGCUGUCUGCCCGUCUUCAACCGGAACUGAAAAGCACAGAAGCACAGCUUUGUCUGCAGUCUAUUCAUGCGUUCCCCACUGCAAAUCUUCUCUGUUGCCUUACCGAUUCGGCGUUAUGCUUAAAAAGCCUGUGGAACGAGGAGACUAUCCGUGCACAGUGUCUGAUUGCGUGCUUGCUCGGAGAUGUAAGGUCCCAGAAGGCGGCACAGACAGCGGGUCUUAACCUUCAGGCCUAUGCAGAUCCCGAAGGCAAGAAGCAACCGAAGAGACAGUUCACGCUUAGCCGUCGUCUUCCUCAGCAACAGCGGACUGACACUUUCAGCAGCAGGGGCUAUGAAGACAGCAGCGACACAAGCUUCGUUGGGCCUGCUGGUAGCUCAUCACGAGGUAACCGAAAGCUUCGCAAGCUUGCAAGGACAACAUUUAGCAGGCGAGGUGGCCCUGAAGGCUUUUCUGACGGCGAAGAGAGCAUUGGCGCUGGCUCUACGACAUAUGAAGGCCAUCGGAAGGCAGGCCGUAACGCUGCGGGAAGCAGAAGGCGCAAACGGACAAACAUGCAUUCCACAAAGGACAAGUGCCGCACUGUAGAGGUGUCGCCCACACGCAACCACGUGGAAAGUGCCAGCUGGUCUGGACCCACUGCCUCCACUGGUUGCCGCAAUGACGCAAUUCCGGACAGCACUGAUUCUGUUCAGCAGCAGCAGCAGCAGCAAAAGGAGCAACAGCAGACGUGCUCAUCAGCUGCAGACGCUCCUGCGAAUUCAGCAGCUGAACGAAAAGCUUGUCAGCCACAUUCUGGUGUCUCGGUGUCUCUAGAGCUUGUGCUAGAAGACGUCACUUGCAAUUUGCUCACAGAUGAUGCUCUUGGUACACCACUAGCGGAGGACACUGAGAGUGCUGAAACCCACGGCACUGGUGAAGGCCUUGACAUAGAAGGCACAGCGCAUCCCACGUUUGUUGGCUCGCAGGAGCAGCAUGGGAAAGCUCCAUCCUUCAGGAGCAGACGGAGACAUGGCCAGAUAGCCCCCAGCAGCAACACUAGCAAGCACAGCAGCUCGAGCUGCAAUAGGGAUAUGAGUAGCAUCGACAGCACAGCAUCCACCGAAAAUAUGGCGGGAGGGGAUGCUGGAAUCGCCUUUCCUCCUUAUCCAGUGUUGUUUUCUCCUGACGCUUGUGUCCCACGUGGCCUAGACUUGACGGGCGAUGGACUGCGUUCCGACACGCUUCUGCGAAGGGCUGUUGUGGCUGAUGCAGCAGCUCUAGGAGUGCGGCUCGAGGCUGUUCUACGGGUGACCUACACGAGCGUGGCCACAGGCAGCAGCUACGCUAGAAAGCGCGAAGAGCUGAAGGAUACACUUCGCAUUGGUUUAUGGCGACUUGAGGCUACACUCAUAAGAAAUUGCACGUGGAUGCUCGCCAGUGUGGUUUUAUUCGACGUAAACAUCGGAGCCGAAUGCCUUCGUUUACUCCCACCCAGAAAAAAGAAAAAUGCAACAGGGGCUACAAGGAGUGCAGGGAAGGCUACUGUGUCUUCUAGGACCGGCGUUACAGAAGCAGAGGGGGCACGCUGGCGCCCGCCUAACUUGAACGCAGUGGCAGAGGGAGACACCGAGAGUGACGAAGACACGCCGCUGGCGUUGCAACAUGCCCUGUGGGUUGCUGAAGGUAGGGGCGACCACCGCACUGGCGAAUUCCCUCCCAAGCGGAACAACAAGUCUCUCCUCCCAAGCCCCUGGAGUACACGAGCCGCUAACAGCAGUUUACCAGAGGGCUACGUGAGUGCAGAAGGGUCUAUGCCUGGAUCCCGGCAUCUUAGAAAAGUUAGGGGAGCUUGCGAUGCACUUGAUGAAAGAAUGGCCAGCAGCGGCCCCAUUCGCAGGACAGCAAGACGCGCAGACAGUUCUGCUGAUGCAGAAGUCUUAAAGAGGCGUUUUUCCACCAGUGUUCCCCGGCGCCUCCCGAGCAGUGGAAGCUCGUCGCUGUUCCGGUGGGUUUUUGGAUCACGGAAUGCACACAACACUAUUGGCGCUGGUUCGAGCCCGUUAGGCUGCAGCCCCAACGCCUGCACCCAUCUGCGCCCAGCGCCAGAUUGGAGGGGUGGGGCGUUUGCCGAUCUAGACAGCUACGGAGACCGCCGUGACAUCGCAGCUGAGCCCAAGAAUUACACAGACGGGGAAAUGUACUUUCCAGGAAUCCAGCUGGACGGGGGAGUCCACCCCAAGCAGCGCCCUGGGGAGGCCAACGCUCCACAAACAAAGAUGUCGCCUUCUCGCUGGGUGGGCACCGCCGGAGGAUGGACUCGUAAUUUACUGAAGACUCGACGUAGCAUCUCGACGCUCAACAGUGGCGAGACUGCGAGACCGUCGUCCGGCUCCCCCCCAAAGGAUCGGGGAACAAAGAGAGACUAUCCCUUUGGAGGUGGAAUGGCGGCGAACACCAGUGCGCUUCAGUCUCCUGCUGCAAGGCAACUUAACAGGCGUGCAAGUGGGAGGCCUCUGUUUAGGACAAAUCUACAGCCUGACAGCAGUUUUCCGAAUAUGCAAACCAUGCGAGCCUUGAGUGCAAUGCCUAGCGUGGGAAUGGUGGGACGCACGCAUAUCUUUCCCAAAGAUCAGCAGCAUUUGGGGCUAGGUAGCUUACCAGAUGCCCGGACGCGAGAGCCGGUAGAUCCUUCAGUAGCAAGAAAUGCCUUCGGAAAGAGACGGGGCCGCCGGUUGGGGGAUACUGCAGAUAUUUUCCAGAAGGAUUCAGAAGAGGAGCGAGAGCUUUUUACUUGCACGGCUGUUGACUUGGAGAUUAAGCGCGUGGCCAUAUGGAGCGCUGUGUAUCUUCAAGACAACAAGGCCGCAGCAAAUCCCUGUAGAGCUUUGGCUGCUGCGGCAGCUCUCGCCCUCGAGCGAUCGAGGAGGCCUACAGAGGCAAACCUAAGGGAUGGUAGAACGGCGCAGAGAGGAUCAGCAUUGGUAGCAGCCGACACAGAUCCCAGAGAUGGUGACAGCACAGUAGGCGGAAGCGUCAGAAAUCAUCCACUGCCAUCUCACCGCAUGCGGGUUUCCAGAGCUUUGAGGAAACUUUCCCCAAGAGGGACUCAGUGGCACGCCGCUGAAGGGUUUCGGGGUCUCUGCAGCCCUCCAGGAGAGACAGGAAGACGGUCGAUCUCAAAUGCUCGGGAUGGAGACCGCAGUAAUCGAUCACGUGAGCAGAGUCGCCUCAGCAAGGCAGCUCAGGAAGUACAACACCUUACGCCUCUGCUGCAGGAGAUAUGGGCAGAAGACUGGCUUUCCGUUUCUCUGCCUUCUCCUCCACCAUUUGCCGGGUACUUUCGAGCGCAAGAAGGACGGGUGCUGCUGCUGCCCGUUCUCGUGCGUGCAUCAACUAAGAAUGAGAGAGGCUUGCUGCAGCGGCGGCGCGAGGAGGCCCAGAAUGCUGUGAAAUCUGAGGCACUUUCCCGCAAGAAAGUUCGCUCGCCAGGGGAUCACCACGAAGGUCCUUUGAACUCCGCGGGUGUUUCGGCAAGGACAGUGCAUGUUCUGCAUGCACCCACGACAGCAGCCGCUGCAGCAGCUCUUGCAGGUGCUGUUUUCAACGCAGUGCCUCGGGAGGAAGAGAAGAGGAAAAAAGGAGCGGCGGCGGAGAGGCUACAGGGUGCCAACAGCAUCUCGCCUCACAUUUCUUUGAUGUACAGACUGAUAGACAAGUCCAGCAAUCCCCACACCGCCCCAUCUGUGAACGCCAACAGCGCAGUUCCCGAUAGUCGUCCACCUGACACGAAGAUAGUUUGCAGGGGAGACAUAUUCCCCACAUUUUGCGCCUGCACUCCCUUUCUUGUCCAUGUAUUCAUCCAGCUUUUUGGGCCAGAUGGUGAGAUGACUGCGGUGGUUUCGCGGCUCUCGGUGGGCCUUCAGGCCAUCCGACAAGGCAUGCAGCAGCAGCAAACCACAGCAGCAGAAGCUGCUCGAGCUGCUGUGCAGUGCCUGCCGAGUUUAGCAAACUACUCGGAGUUUGCUGGAGCAGCUCGUGCUUCGUCUCUGAGCUCAAAGGAAGAACCCCGAGCAGCGCAACAGCAAGAACAACAGCCUUCAAAGGCGGCGAGCGACAAUCGUUCUGCCUCCGCCCUUUCUGACAAGGGAAAUUCAAAUGAGUUGGAAGCAAAAGACUCAGAAAAUACAGAUGAGAGAGCUCUGUAUGUCGACAGACGGCUGUGGGGGCCGCUCCCAGGAUCGUUGCUACAACUAGGGUUCACCUUGCGUUCUGCGCUGGAGCAUCUCACUCACGAUUCUUUUGCAUCUCUGUGUAUCCACUCACUUCAGUUGACGCUGCCUUCUCCUUGUCAAAUUCUUAACCUCCCUGCUGUCCCCGCAACCAGCCGUCUGCUGCCAGUCACUGCUUUCCGCCAGACAUUGACGGCAGACGCAACAUAUUUUCUGUGCUGCCUUGCGGCAGCCCCGUCGUCUCCCUGCGUUGCCGUUGACCUUGUACUGACUAUAAAGGGCUUGCACACUAAAGCCGCCUCUUCCGCCGACCAGCUGCACCAGCAACGAUGGCAUGCUGCUAUUGGUGGUGCGCUGGGCCCUGCUAACUCUGGCCCCCGCACGGGCUUCUCUCCGCUUGAUUCGCGAGGCUCCCGACGCUACUCUUUUUCUCAGCUGCAGCAGCCAUAUAAUCAGAAUCUCUUUUCUUCGGCAGUUGCGGCGGCAGCGGCUUCGGCAUCGGCAACUCCUUUACAAGGCCUGACAUCAGCUGGUCUGCAAUCAGAAUCAGCACUGGGUUCAAUCAAAGUCGCAGCACCUCUUUUGAGGAUAGAACUCCUCAAGAGGCCUCGCAUACCUGACGAGGCAACCUCCUCUGCACAGGAGAUUGCGCAUGGCACUUCCCCGCGCAUUUCACUGUCUACUGUCUUCUCUUCACCAGCGAAAGGUCCUGCAUCAGGCUCAGCAAAAGACAAAAAGCGUGUUUCCACGCUACAACAAGCCAGGCAGUCCAGCUGUGUGUUAGAGGUGCUGCUAAAGGAUCUAGAAGCAUCAUUUGUUUCCGAGCAGCAGGUCUUCGAUCGUUUUUCUCAGCAUCAGCGCCUUGUAGGCGGUUGGGCGGGAGGCCGUAGAGGCUUGGGCUCGACGACUUUUGGAAGUCCGACAGAUGAUGCUAACGUGCCUAGGUCACCACGAUGCGCUGGAACGACAUCGGGCUCAUGUGUUGAACCAUUUCGCAUGAUUUUAUCAUUGAGGGACUGCAUUAUUAGGGGGGAAGAUGGAAGUCGACUGUUCCAGAAUGCCUCCGUAAUCCCCAAAUUAUUUUCAGGGGACUUCAGCUCGAGCGCUCAACCGACGGGAAGUCUACAGUCGCCACAGAGUCCUUACACAGCAGCUGCAGGUCCCUCUCCGUCGGCUGCUGGUAAUACAACUCCAACGAGCGCUCAGGGAGGUGGAGCGACUGGUGUAACAGCUGGCCGCAGGCACCAGCACAGAACUCGUCUAUCUGUCCGGCAGGCGCUGAUGUUGGACAUGCCUCUGCAGGACCCUCUGUUGCAGUGGCUUGUCUGGGUGUCGGACGAAAUGAUAUAUGCAUCAGCUGAAGUAGCACAACUGAGAGUACAACUGCGCGCGUUGCAGGCAUCCACUGUGUAUUCCUGGGGCAUUGGUUUGUAUGGAGCCUUACAGCAGCUCAAGCAUUUCCGACUGCAGUUUCCUGCUCUGAGCUUUGGCUGUUGCUUCUCGACAGCCUCGUGGAUGAUACCCGUUGGAGUGCAUGCGCAGCAACUUUUGAGGGUCUCACAGCUGCAGUCAAGGGGACCUUCCCCCUGCGUACCGGAGCGCCAACACAAGCAGCAUGUGGAAGAGGCAGAAGAGCAGGCAAUUCGCAGGUGUCUGCUGCUGCAGAGAAGGGGGCUUGGUAUUUUGUCUCUCCUUUAUCCUGGACUACCGCCUCCUGCCCUGGCUCCCGACAAGUGGCAUGGGUAUCUUCCCCUACAGCUGCCUGAGAUGGCGGCAUCCAUGUCAAUUCAGCAGGUACUACAAGUGCUUGAGGCGGACAUUGCAGCGAGAGAAGCAGCAGCAGCGGCCAGCACAAUAGCCCAGUCAGCAAUAACGCCAUCACCGUGGAGAUUGCAGACAGCGGACCUUUUUCAGCACCAUUCUGAUUUGCAAGCCAGUCCUUCGCAGCAACCGGGUCGGAGCCAUCCUGCUUAUGGCCGCAGCCUGACGGCAAGCUUAGAACCCUACGCGGGCUACCAUGGGGCUGCCUCAGCUGAAAUGCCAUCUAUGAGGAUGCCAUUUGGAAAGAGUUCGCUUUUGGGGGACUUCAGAGGUCCUGUGAGGAGGGGGAACUUGCCGACGUCGCAGGCACAGCGCCGUCCAUCUGCGAGUGAUGCCCCGUCUUCCUCCUCUCCAGACGGCGUCCGAAAUUCUCCCGAUGAUGCUGACAGGGAGAGCAGCCUCGCAAGCCCUAGGCGACCUCCUGAAAGUUUCUGGAGUCGAAUGCGAAUCCGCUCGGAGCGUAGGCGGUUCACAGCAUUUCCACUGCAGUCACACCUCUUAGAGGGCAAGAGUGGGCAGUGGUCGGAAGCGCCUGCUCCACUGCCACACGAGCCAAGCCAACGCAAAUCGGCGCCUUCUCGGCAGGAAGCUGCAGCCCUUGGAGCGAAAUUGCAAAAGGUGGUGGAACUGACAUUUAAGGGAAUUGAGAUAUGGUUUGUAUUAGGUGCUGGGGACGGAGACCAGUCUUCCCUUCAAGCGGCGGACGCAGCUCCUACGCCAGAGAAUCUCAAGAAAGCGGGUAUUGCACCUUUGAAGAAAGGAAACAGAGCGAAGCUGAAGUCUCUCACUGUAAUGAGUUCCCCCAAAUCAUUUCAAGAUAUCUCGGCAGGGGAAGGACUCCACCAGCGAACGGAGGGGCUGCCGCUAUCAAGGACUCUGAUGCAGGUCCUGCUGACGGCUGUCAAUAGGAAGGGACUCUGCGUAGAAGAGGAGAACAUUGAAGACCGGCGAAAGCAGCAAAUUGUCGUGGGGCUUCUGGUUGCGUGCACAUUGCGGAUGCUGCAGCGGGGACCUGACGUGAAUGCCUGUGGAGAAAUUGUAGAACUAAGUGCAAUGGUAGGGUCACCGUUCCCUUGCAGUGAAUUUAUUGUGUCAAAAAAGUAUCAGGGCAUAGGAAGAGGCUCCAGUGGAGUGUGGACAGGCCAUGGUUACCAAAGGCAGCUCCCAGAAGGUCAGCAGCAACAAGAAGCACCUUUUAACAGUAAAAGCAUGAAGCAGUCUGGCUUGGCCUCACUUUUCCACGCAACAGAUACGCAUCCGCUAGACAGGCAGCAGACAAUUUUGCAAGAUGAAGGGUCGAUCGUGCUCAGUAAUUUCCCGGAUGUACUCGAGGGAUAUGGAGGGGCCCUGCUACUCCCCAAUCUCCAGCAGCGCAGUGAUUGCCUUAUAUCUGUGACAUCAUCUACGGCUACAGUAUCAGGCAUACCCGGAGGCAAAGUGAAGAUAUGCGUGACAAUUUUGGACCCUCAAGUUCACUUCUCCUUCGAGAUGUUUCAAGGGCUCGUCAGCUUAGAGACUCAGGCGAGGCUGGAACAGCUGCAGGUUGCUAAAUCGGCCGCUGCGGCAAUGACAGCAAUGAAGGCUUCGGUGGCAGCAGCGGCUGCAGCAGCAGAGGCCUCAGCUGUUUCCCUUACACAACAGCAGCCCAUCCGGGAGCAAGAUCUACAGCCUACGUUGCCUCCGGGAGCAGGCGGAACGCAGCAGGUAGCAACGUCCGACGCUAUGGGGCCGAAUGCGGACAAAUUGGGGAGAUCUGCAAACCCCACAGGGACUGAAAGAACCAGUUGUGCGUCGGAGACCCCGCGGCCCUUGCUGGGAGUGGGGGGCGCAUCAUCACCCCCUGCUGCUCCUGAGAUGGGAAUUGCGGCCUUGGGGAGCUACACGGGGCCACUACGCGUGACAAAUUAUUCAGUUUCGAUUGGGGAUCUUUCAAUGGAAGGAAGCUUGCUUCGGUUUUUGAGAGAUUAUGCGUUUUCCGUGAGAGAUGCGGUGGGGCCUGCCUCCCAACAGCGUCAAAGGCCUCUGUUUGGCUGGGUAGCGCCUGAAGGGGGGAGGGGAGCUAGGGGCUCUGAGGCGUUUGUGGAGCCUCCAAUUGUUGAAGCAAUGGAUUUAAUACGUUUGCACCAGCAACGCAGAGGUGGAGCUUUUGGAAGGGCUCUGGAAGAGUUAAGGGCAAUGUCAAGUGUCUCGCAGCAGCAGCAUGAAGAGGGGGUCUCGGUGGUGACCAGCAGUAGCGGCAGCAACAGCAGCAGUAGCAGCAGCGUAGACUCACCAGUUGCACUGACAAGAGGAUCUCUUUCCUGGAGUUUUAAGGACGGGGUGGCUCCUAGGCAACAGCAACCGAACGAGCCCUCUUCCAGUGCGCAGCAGCGGAAACUUAUUCAACAGCAAGCCUCCCUGCAGCCACAAACGCAAGCUGCGACUUUCCGGGAUGCCCGGAUCACGGCCCAGAGAGUUGACGAUGAGGAAGCAGUAGACUCACCAGAGAUGCUGCUUCUUGCAAACCUCAUGGCUGCUGGGGGCCGCAGCACAACUAAACCACAGGCGUAUGGACGGGGAACUCAACGACCAGAUGAGGGAUUUCUCCGGGAUCAAGGGCUGGUGCAGCCUGGGGAGGAGGGAUUGCGUGGGGCCCUGACGCGAAGAAAGGGCAUGGGCGUGAUGGAAAACACUCCUGCAGGGGCCCCAGGCGACGUGGGAACAUCCAUGCCGGUUUCGCUGCUGCAAGGAGUGGGUGAGGAGGACUUCAAGGAUCCUUACUGCCGUGUCAUCGGCUUCUUUUUGUCUUUGAUGAAUUUCAAACUUCCAGGGGAGACAGAGUUGGACAUAAAGGGGGAAGUAAUAAAAGGGGCGUUCGAAUUUCAUGAUGCCCAUGGGUCGCUCCUAAAAGUGAGCCUUUUAGCUUUGGAGGGCCAGGUAUACAUACAUCCCGAGCUCUGGAGCGCAGACUCCGUCAAGAACUCAGGGGGCCGUCUGGAGCUUAUGGUGUCAGGUUACGAUCCCAUGACAAACUCGCAAGAAGAGCUGCUACACCCAGUAUCUGCCUCUGUGGAGAUUCAGCGACAGUACGUGGAUGGUCAGUCUAGCCACUGGAGCCUCGUGAAUAUCCGCAGUGCGAUGGACGGAGUCUCGGUGGAUAUCACCUCCGGUCUGCUUCAGCUCGUCUAUCACAUCAUGCGAACCACCAGGGAAAUUCUGGAGGGCGCCGAAGGCAGUCUUGGCAGACACACUAGCCUAAGGGUGUACAAUGACAUACACUCGGAAGUACUUGUUAUGCACCGCCGAAGAUCAAGGGGAGAGCCCAAAGGGUGGACCUACUCGCGCAUGCAGCCAGAUGAAUGGAUUAUGACUCCUACAUCAUCUCUCUAUUUUGCGGUUCGAAAGCAGUCAGCUGCAGCAGAGGUUGCCCCCGAGAAACGCCGUUUGUGGAGACGUGGAGGUGUGCCCCACGAGAAGCUCAACGAGACUUACCCAACCUUGAGACUGGAAUCCUACGAUGAUGUCAAACGCAUUGUCGAGGGUAUCCUCCGGUUGGGAACAAGAAAUGUCGACAACGCCUGGCUCAAGUCUUACGAAGAGACGCUACUAUUUUCAUCGACUCGAAGAGCCCAAGCGCCCCUUGAAAUGCUGGUAGAUGACAUGCCAGUACUUCAUGGGGGAGGCAACUUGGGUAUGCGCUGUGGUUGGGAAGGUUUGUUGCAGCUGCUUCGUAAGGAAGUAGGAUGGUGUUGUAUGGGCCGCCUUCACGCGGACUACUCCAAUUGCAGAGCUUACUUCUUGCAAAAUGCGGGCUUCAAGGUAUUAGUAGAGCCAGUAGUUGACCGGAGGAGUGGCACAUGGAGUCUUGCAGUGGGAAGCUGCGUCCAGCUAGCCAACGCAUGCUCCAUGACCUUGCGAGUUUACGUGGGCCGAGCGAAGAGGAACUGGGGUGGCUUGGCAAUAUCUUGUUUCGCGGCGAGUGUAACGGGCGAAACUCGCGUCUCUUCGGCCCACGAAGAGUACAUAGACAUUCUUCCUGGCUGCCGCCGCUCGGUGCCACUGUCCUGGUUUGGAAACGGAACUGUCCCUUCAUUGGCUGCCCUUUUGCACACAGAGGGGGGAGGCGAGGCUCAGGAAAGACGCGGGGAGCCCGAAAUCCCCCCGGUUCCUUUCCCUGCCCUUUACAAGCUUACCAACAAAACAGGAUAUACCCAACCUCGCAGGCUCGACAUACCGCCCUUCACUUUACGCUUGCGUGGCUCCUUGAUGCUGUAUGGGAUGGUUGACACGACGGAUGUACCUACAUCUGAGGCGUCUCGAAUAGCCCAGCGUUACGUCAUCAAGCUGGAACCAAUGCUUAGUAUCAAGAACACGCUUCCUUUCCCCAUCACAGUUUCUGUCUCUCUGAGAAAUAUUGGAGACAGCCGCCAUUCCCACGAGCCACAGCCGGGUGCAGGAGCCCCGAUGGCUACUGCUGCUGCAGGGUCCCCAGCAGCAACCGACACCUACGCACUUGCUUCAACGGGAGAGCCAGGGAAGCCUUUAAGGUACGCCUUUGGGAACCCGCAAGCUGAGCUUUUGGCCGAGCUGGAGACCCGAAAGAGACAAAAGGAGGAGGCGCAGCAACAGAAGUCAAGAGGAACGGCUGCUAAGCUUGUGGCAGACAGUUUCGUCGAGGCGACCAUCCCCUCCCAUCAGAGCUGGGGUCUGCCGGUGGGUGAGCAAAGACUGUGGCUCGUGCUGCGGGUUCAUGGGGCCCCACUUGAGCAGUUUAACACCCAGCUCGAAGCAUUCCACCCUACCGAUGGCAGGCCAUUGGGUCCUUUGGAGCUGCAGUUGCUGGCGUCUGCUGCUUCUCGCGGAGCGUCUCGGCUAAGUGGUGCAGCUUGGCUGCUGCAACAAGAGAACCUGGAAGGCGUUUUGAGCCAGGCAGCAGCGAACGGGAUGUCGUCGGGCCUUGGAGUUGGAGAAGAGAAGCAGAAAAAGCGCAAGAAUUACCGGCAACAGCAACAGCAGCAGCACCAGCAGCCGACUACUGUGUAUGAGUCCCAAGGAUUUGCUGUGUUACUGCCAACACAAGACACCUUAACCGUUUCAAAGGUGCUGCAGCUGAAAAACGGCCGCGGAGAGUCUUUGCUGCCUCCUGGAGCUCUCAAGCUCGUGAAGGCUGAGGCAAUGAACCAGCGAAGAGGAAAGCGACUGCCUCCUCUUUUCUCUGAAAUGCAGUUGGCCGCCGAUGUCAGCAGGAGGCAAAUCACGGUGUUUGCCCCGUACUUUUUUGAAAAUCUAACAGAAGCCGCCUUGUCAGUAAAUGGAGCCCUUGUCCCCAGCCGCUGCCGACUCUAUACCACAGAGGAAGACAUGCGGGCUGCCUCUAUUCGAGCCUACAGAAUAGACCAGCUGGCCGACCGGGUCUUGCAGUCCUCUCUCAGCAGGAAGCAGGACCUCUCAGGCAUAUCUACUGCCAGGCCACCACUGGUACUUAAGUUGGCGACACUGCGGAAACAGCGGUACCUUCGUUUUGGCUGGGGGUAUCGUGUGGCGUCUGCUACGAGAGAGGAGCAGCGCCAAAGCAACGAGCUUCCGAGUGGAGGUGGAGGCUCGGUGGACUCAGUCACUUCUUCUCUCAAUCACGGGGAGGCGGAGAGACAGCAGACACUGGGAGGGGCGUCUGACGUCCAUAGAGACGUGUCAAGGGGAGAGUCUCCAGUUCUGAAGGCCGCAGCGUCUUCGACAGACUCCUUCGUCGAUGACGACACCUUGGGACAUCUGCCGAGCGAGAGCCGCAGGCGUUUUGGACAGAAAGGGCCUGCGGGGUCCUUUGGCGUGCCGCGCUCUCACUCUGACAUCAUGAGCACUGGGGGUGAUUCUGAAGACAGGGGUUUCCUGGGAGUUCGCCGGGCCAGGACCUUUAGGGUCUCGGUGCAGCGUAGGGUCCGCAAACUUGGAAGGGGACGCUCGUUUCUCCUCCAUAAAAAUGUUCCUGAUAACACGUUUGACUUGAGGGACACUGACAGUACCGAGAAGGACGCUAUUUUUCCAGGGGAUGCUACAGAUAUUUCCGCCCCACCUACGUUGGGAGGGACGGCCACUGCGACCCCGCAAGACCCCGUGCGCAGCAGCAAUGGCAACGCGCCUUCAACUCUCGUGCUGGGCCUUUGCACUCGCUACGGAGAAGCCCCUUACUCUACCACGAAAAUCGUCAGUGUCAUUCCCCGAUACGUGUUCAUCUCACGCCUGCCGUUUUCUGUGGUGGUGCGGGAAGUACGCAGUCGGAGCCGAGUUCUGGGAGGGGCGAUGGGAGGGCGGCAGAAAGUGAGCCCUUGCGAGCUCUCUCUGUUAGCAGGGGAGACGAAGGCGUUCCAUGGGGUAGAACCCCGCGUGCUACUGACACAGGCAGAAAGGAGCUUGGUGUCAUGCUCGUUUUCGCUGGUGCCUGCCCAUGUGCCUUCCUUCUUUCAAGUUGAGCUGACCCCGCGGGGAGGUGGCACCCAGGUGUACCUCCCUGAGCACUGUCCUAUAGUGCAGGUCUCCAUCGUUUCAGGCCUAUUUGGAGAUGUUCCUGCGUUACCGUACACUUACAAUGGCAGCUUCAUUGUACUAUCACUGCCGGAAAACCCUCAGUUUGCCAUCCUCAACCUCAGCAGCUAUUUCCUUGCUCACGCACCUGCAGAACGCAGCCGGCGCACACAACAAAACCAGCUGCGAGAUGAUGCCUUUGCCAUUCCCGUGACUAGCGGAUCUCAGACGAAGACCACAGCGAAGAAGGGACGCGAUGAAUCAGAUGCCAAUCUCCGCUUGAUCCCACCGUGGGGCUCUGUGCCUUUCAUUCCGCCCUACCACAAGAACCUGGAAAAUUCGCGGGUGCGCCUAAGGGUACUCGACGUGGAGCACUGUCCCUGGUCUGUAUACAGCUUGGCAUCAGUUGACGAGGACCUGCAGACUAUUGAGUUCGUGCCUCACCAGCAGCCGCAGGGGUCCGCCCCCACGGGCGCCUUCUUGGGGGUUUCCACUAGCCCACCCAUGCAGCCAGGGUCCCCGCGCUCAGUUGACGCAGCGUCUACGCGCAAGGCCCCGUUUUUGCAGCGACUGCCCACCAAGACCCUUGUCAGUGCAGCGUCAGCUGCUGCAGCAGCUGCUGCAGCUGCUGUGGGAAACAACAGCAGCGCCCUCACUUGCAACUUUAGGGCAGGGGCAGCGGGAGGAGGCCGGGGCGUUUCUAUCGAAGGAAAUCUUGACACCGAGGAAGACCAAUUCGCCCAAGACGCAGACACGCGCAGCCUCAUGCGCCCCCAGACUCCUCGCGGAGGCCAGUCUUCGACUGGGGCCAACAAGGAGAGGCAGACGGCCACGCUUUACGUCUUUUCAUUAGUCGCUGCAAAUGGCAGCCGCAUUCUCAUUAUAACCGAAUCUCCUGAGGUGGCAGAGAAAAUGCGCGCAGGCGGCGCAGCCUUUGACAUGAUCAGGGAAGAGUUCAUGAGGAAGAGCGGUAAGCACGACGGCGGCGCAGUUGCUGCUGCUGCUGCUGCGGGGCUGUACGACCCAACAACUGCAUCAGCAGCCGCAAGCGCCACAGCGUCAAAAACAGCAGCAGAUAGCAGUGGCACUGCCACAGGGAGGCCCAAAGCUGCAGGGGCUUUAUCAGGAGAUGCCCAAUCGCCCGAGUCUCCCAGUAUAUAUACGAAGGACGCCAUAAUUUCCCAGGACCGCGGCUCGCUGCUGCACGGAAAACAGCAGCAGAGGCCUCCGCCUUGGCUGGGAUUGUCUUUCGAAUUUCGUCUCCCCCGUUUAACCGUCACUUGGAUUCACCAAAGUGAAGUAGUACUGGCGCUGCACCUGACGGGCCUCUCGCUCUCGGGCUCUGUCAAUCCACGACAACUAGAUGUUUUUCUCGAGGCUGUUCCUUUAGAGCGAGUCUUGCAGCAGGUCCGCAUGCACUCGCUGCCCGCAGGGUCUGGGGAGGUCGGGGAAGCCCCUCAGGGCUCUCCUAGGGCAGCCCGCCAGCCCGCUGCGUCGAAUAGCUCUGUAGGUGAGCAGGGCCCCUGUUUCAAAGUUCCGGGAAGCGAUGAGUCUGCUUCCCUUAGCGGGAGCAGCAGGAGUUUGACUGCUGGAGACGCAGAAGGCAACGAGGGAGAGGCUCAGCCUGGCGACUUGGGGUCGCCCCCUCUGCAGCGUCACGUGGAGGAGGACUAUGGGCUGCUGGUGAUGACGCGAAGUGCAGUAACUCUUUCUGCGCGGAUCGCAAUGUUACACGUGGACCAUUUCGUCAAGGGAGACAUCCCUGUCAUACUGAAAAACACGGCGUCCAAGUACGGAAAGGAAACAGAAGAGUUCCUAGAGGUUGCCGUCGUCAGGUCUCUUGUGGACCCCCGACAGGCUCCCACUUACGAGCUCUUGGAAGUGCGCAUCAGUCCCUUCAGCGCCAACAUCGAGCUGCUCGUUAUUGAGCAGCUCAUAAGCAUAUACGAAAAAGAAGUGGAAAUGCUGCACAAGUUCGCCCUUGCAGCUCCACAGAAACCGCCAGCCCUGCAAACGGCGCUAAAGUGCAGCGUCGCUGCUGACGCCCUGCGGCAGCUGGCGGUGCUGAAGAUUCUUGAGGAGAAUCGCCAGGAGCAGGUGAUGGUUGCGGAGACAACAGCAGGAAAUGCUUCGGCAGCUGUUCCUUCUUUGGGGGGUGCAGCCGCAGAGGCUGGAGGAGGCCCCCCAGGCACUGGGGCUGCUGCUGCUGCUGCUGCAGCCUUCUUGGUGCACCCUUUGGCCAUGGACCUCACCCACUCCAGCAUGCACAGCCUCUCGCUGGCGCCGCUGUCGCUGGACAAGCUGAGGCCAGCCACCAGUUCAGCAGGAGGGUACCUGUCUUCUGUUUCUGGAGAUGCAACGACGGGGGAGACUCACAGCGGGGACCCAUUCAACGAGAUGCUGCUGCGGGAGCCCAUCUCUAUGCAGUUUUACGCCACCCCACGGGUGUACAUAAACCCCCCGUCUUCGCAUGUGCUGGUCUUGCCGAACCCGAGGUGGAUGGAGCUGCACCGGGCGAGUCCCGUGUACAUAAAGAACCUGACCAUCAGCACUCUGUCUCUCACUGUGUCCAUUCGCACUUCGGAGCACCGAAUAUCUCGCCAGGUGCUGCACAUAGUCGACGCCCUGCCUCUGGACACUCCUUACAUGACCAUUCAAAUAGCCCGGGAAAGGCGGAAGUUCACUGUCUGCUCCUGGCACGAGCUGAUCCACUCUCUGCGCAACUCUUACCUGCGGCAGUUCAUCCGGCAAUCCCUGCCUUCGGCGUGGAUCAGCAAUCCGUGUGCAUUUGUGGUGGGCUUUAUAAGGGGCACCAGUGCCCUCUGUCGGCAAACAGUGAAGGGCGCGAAGACCAACCGCAACAGCUUUGAGGGGCUCAUGAUGGGCUUCCGCAUCGGCUUUAUUCUCUUUAUCAUUUACACCAUGGGAGGCGUCAUGCAGUCUUUGUCGCAUGUCCUCAACAUCCUGCACAAGCUCAUGAGGGGCUCCAGGCCCAGGCCCUACGGCGUGCUUGACGCGUUCUGGAAAGGACUCAACGGAUUCAUUUUAGACACUUUCUGGAGGCCUUGGGUUGCUGUUGUUACAGAACCAACCGCCAGUGUCACCAGAGGCGACAGCUGGUGGAAGACGACGGCGAUUCUGAUUGCCUGUUGCGUGCGUUGCUUGAUUUCUCCUUUAUUCGGCCUUUCGAACUUCUUGGCCUCUGUGGCGGAGGGUUUCGCAAACACGUUAAUAGGCGACUUCGAACAAUUUACUCGGGUGCAGGAACGGGCAGACUUAGACAAAAAACAUAGACACCCUUCGCCUUCCAGCGCAAUGAACGCUGGAGGCGGCUUCCACCGGGGCCUCCAAGGGCACAAGGGAGGUGACCCAGGGGGCACAGGGCUGGGUAGUCGUUUCCGCAGAGCCAAAAGGCAUGCUGCCGGCAAACACAAAGCACGUGGAAAUGCAGAGGGAACGAGAACUGCUGCGGGAGGGGUCGCCAAUGGCUCCAUUCUUGCGGGGAAGCAGAGGGCAGGCAGCAGCUUCUCUGGUGCCUUCAGGCGUCCCUCUUCAAAACAAGUGACCUUUGCUGUUUAA